AUGAAUCUAGCAGAGAAGAAUGUAGAUAAGGAUAUUCUCGAUCAUGUUCAUGGCUCAUUAUUAGGGUUGACCAUAGGUGACGCUGUUAGAACUUCUAGUCAAUGGCGACGGCGAACAUCUCCCUUACAAAAUCCAGUUAUGGAUCUGCAUGGCGGUGGUACUUGGAAUCUUGCUGCAGGACAGAGAAUGGCUCACAUUCGAAGGAAAGAACACAAGACAUGCUUUGAUAUUGGUGAGUUAACAAAGCGAUUUUUGCUUGAGUUUAAACGUCGGCAGCUAAACUUUACGAAAGACAAUUAUAUCCCAACUGGUGAUAUCGAUUAUCUUCGUGAUCCUAAAUUGUUGAAUCUGUUUGAUAUGUUAGUUGCUCAUGGCGAUAGUAUCGCAGUCGAUGCUCGCCGCUAUUAUGAUACUCUCAUAAUUGUUGCCCUACAUGACGAAAACAAAGAGCAACUUCUCAACGAAAGUUUCUAUAAUUUACAUAGAAGUUGGAUCGAUUGUAUUGAAUUUCAUGAACAAGUUUUGGCGAUCAAUCAUGGAUCUUAUAGAAGAGCAAACGGAUACGACAGUGGUAUUCAAGGUGGUGGAUACAUUUCUUAG